AUGGCAGCAACGGCGGAUGUCCCUCUACUAAUCAAUUCGGAUAACGCCCGAUCUGAACGGCGUAUCUCACCUGCUUGGACCAUAGCUCAAUUGAAAUCCCGCUUGGAACCCAUAACAGGUAUUCCGGCUUCCUCACAGAGAUUGACUUUGAGGGUCGCAUCCUGGCCCGAUCAAAACCUGCAGACAGUCGAUGAAGAGAACACACAGCUUGGUGCAUUCACUCUGCAGAGCUACGCAGAACUUCAUGUAACAGACACUCGUCCAGCAGGCCUACGUGCCAACUACACAGAUGUAUCGGCAGUUGAAAAAUACGAAAUGCCACCGGACGAAUAUGAGAGCCGAACUGACAGUGUACUGCAUUGGAAGAAGACGCAUCAGCUAGGCCGAUUCGACCCCAACGCCCCAAGCAUAGAGCAGCAGAAAAUUGCCACUAUUGAAAGAGAGAUUGAAGAGAGAGGUAUCAAGUUGGACGCCCGUUGUCGUUUGCUGGCCGCGGAUCAGAGCGAAAGCUCACUCGAGCGCCGCGGUACUGUCAAGUACAUUGGUCCCGUCUCCGAGAUUCCUGGUAUUGGUGCUUGGGUUGGCAUUGCACUGGAUGAACCUACCGGCAAGAACGAUGGCACGGUAAAGGGCACUCGCUACUUCCAAUGUGGUGCCAACUGCGGUGUCAUAGUACGACCUGAGAGAGUAGAGGUUGGCGACUUCGAUGUCAUCGAUGAGUUUGGAAGCGACGAAGAGUUCUAA